AAUUUUUCUUGCAUUUCGCUUAAUAAUAAUAAUUAAUAUUGGCAAGAACUAGAAGACGUACGUACACACGAUCGUAGGAUCACAGCUACUCUAGAGCUAGAGAUGGAUGUAGAGUUUAUACAGAUCGAGGGUCAACAGGGAGGCUGGCAGCUCCUCUUCCAGAAACUUCACCAAAUCUCUCGAGUGAAUGCUGGUCCUCAACUGGUGGCCAAGAAACCGUUGAAUGUCAUACGGAACAGAUACCGAGACGUCCUACCCAUUGACUCGACUCGAGUGGUGUUGGAUAAUCCUGACAAUGACUACAUUAAUGCCAACCAUGUUCGGUUUGAAGAGGUGCAAAGAAAGUUCAUUCUAACGCAAGGACCGUUAGAACAUACGUGCCCUCACUUCUGGCAAAUGGUUUGGGAGAAUAACUCGUCAGGAAUAGUCAUGCUCAACAAGUGUGUGGAGCGAGGAAUGAGCAAGUGCUUUCCCUACUGGCCACACGCAGAGGACCCACCACUUGAAGCUGGAGUGUUCACUAUUGAGAACCUUGGUACAGAAGAGGAGCCAUCAUAUCAACUGUCCAACCUCAAGCUCAUCAAUACAGAGACUGAAGAGUCUCGGGUAAUCCUGCACUACCAUUAUACCAAGUGGCCUGAUUUUGGAGUACCUCAGAAUCCUGAUGUGUUCCUAGAGUUCCUGUAUGCUGUUCGUGGUAGUGGUGUUCUGGGAGAGAGUGUGGGACCUUGUGUUGUUCACUGUAGUGCUGGGAUUGGGCGUACUGGCACCUUCUGUUUAGUGGAUCUCAUGUUAGCCAAUUUGGAGGGAGUAAGUGACCUCGGUGCAGUUAACACUCAGAGUGUGUUACUGGACAUGCGUAAGCAGAGAUUAGGGCUCAUCCAAACACCAGAUCAACUGAGAUUCUCUUACAUUGCCAUUCUCCAAGGAGCCAUACAAGACCUUCAUCUUGAAACAAGUAGCUAUGAACCAGAACUAUCAGAAGAGUCAGAGGAAGACAGCCUCGAUGACACUGACAGUGAUGUUGACGAGGAUGAGGACGAACGUAUGGAGAGAAAAUAUCCAGGUCUGAGUCGGCAGUAUGGUAGACCUUCAGAGGAGCUCCCCCCACCACUCCCCCCUCGCCCCCCAGACACACUACCCCCUGACUACUCUGAUGACAGUGAUGACGCCUAUGAGAGACCACCUCCACCGCCCACUACACGCCCACCAGGUCCCCCAACAUCCCCUCCAUUGGGUAAUGAGCAAUCAACCAAACGCAGGAAGUUAGAGGAGGGACCCCCUGCAGAGGAAGGACCCCCAGUGCCAGCACGUAGCCUCAGUCCAGCUAAAGUCGAUAUCUACAAUUCAUCUGAUCCUUUUUUAGGGGUAGGAAGAGGAGGCGAUUCUCCUCAAAGACCCCCCCCUCUCCCAGCGAAGCAGGCUCGAGCCACCACUACUCUGAGUGGGGGGGUACAGCCUCCACCAGUACUCACUAAUAGUGGUGGGGGGGAGCAGCCGCCACCACCGACCACCGUUAGUGUGGGUGGCGGUGAGAUAGAAGAUGAAGAGAGAGCUCUAUUGUCUGAACUGGACGAGUUAGCCCAGAUGGUGUCCACACACAACGGAGAGUUGUCAGCAGGACCAGAGUUUGUCUCAGAACGUGAAAUGAGACGACAGAAAACAUUGGACAAAAUUCAUUCAAUAAAGAAUCAGAUUGAUAAUGAAUCUGAUUGGUCUGUUCCCUGGCUGUUGGUAGGCUUCGUAGCAGUGCUUGGAUACUGUGUCUAUUAUGUACUGCGAUAAACUAACUCAUAAUUUAUAUUGUGUUGUUCUUCUCUGCACACAAGUGUUACUGUACUGAGUGUGUUGAUUACUAGUCAUAGCCAAUCAGUUAUUAUAUUAAUAGUGUUGUUUUUAAUCAACAUUACUCAAAAUUCAAUAAUUAUCAUUGAUCAAAAUGUCAAUAAA